CUUCAAACACUAAAGCCCAAACAAGAGCUGGGCCCCAAGUCAACAUGUAUGCGUGGGACACGUGUGCAAAUGGUCAACGCCUUCAUCUCAUGGAUUGCAGAAUGCAACGAUGACGUCCUUUGGUGUAGUGGUCUGGCAGGGACGGGCAAAAGUUCCCUUGUCGGGACCCUUCAUAACCUCCUCAGCUUUUAUGUGGGCAGCCGCAGUCGCCUUUCUGCAUUCAUUCGUUAUGACAGGACCGAAUAUCGGGACUCGUCAGAACUCAUCACGUCCAUCACCUACUUUUUAGGCAUGUUCGAUCAGCGCAUAGGCAUUGCCAUUGCUAAAGCUUUGGCUUCAUCCCGUACGGCAUUUAAAAUGCCGGCAUCUGAAUCCCGCACCCAGUUUCGACUAUUUCUGCAGGAGCCAUUGCAGACGGUUCGAGAAUUACAAGAUGAAGGUCCUUUGGUUAUCAUCAUUGACGGUCUUGACGAAAGUGAUGCAUCGAAAGAUUUGCUGGAGGUGUUUGCGGAUGGGUUUGGGCCGAAACUGCCAUUCAUGCGGCUCAUUGUGUCCAGUCGGCCCGAGGAAAGGAUUUCUCGUAUUUUCAGGGACUGCCAGCAAGUCCGUCACUUUCCUUUGGAUACCUCCUCAGAUGAGGUGAAAUACGACAUACAGUACUUCAUCCAGCAAAGGUUUGACAGCAUUGCGGACAAACACGUUUGGGGCACGUACGAUGAGCAAGAUGUUGUCACCCGGCUCGCCGAGCGGGCAAGCGGGCUGUUCAUAUGGGCGGCAACAGUCUGCUCGUUCUUGUGCGAUUUCCCCAGUCUCCAGAGGCUCAAGGUAACACUCGAAACUACGAUCCCAGCAGAUGCUAUGGAGGCUCUGACGAUACUAUAUCGAACUGCGCUGGAUACUAUCGUCUCGGAAGUAUAUGGAACGAAGGAAGAUGUCCGACGAUGCAUUCGUGCAGUCUUAGGGGCCGUG